AUGGCGUCGAGGCGCGUCUUUCAUCCCGUCGAUCGCAUCCUCCUCCCCCUCCUCCUCCUCCUCGUCGUCCUCGCCGCCGCCGCGCCCGAGCGCGCGCUCGCGCAAGAUCCCGGGGGCGCGGGCGCCGGCUCGUCAGCACAGCUGUGCGCGCUCGACCAGCGCGUCGCGGACGGAAUCUGCGUGCCGUGCCCGCCGGGCGCGACGAACGACGCCGGCGACGACCCCGCGCUCGGCGCGGACACGACGUGCGCGUGCGCGAUCGACGAGAAGGUCGUCUCGAACGCGUGCGCGCCAUGCGACCACGGCAGCGUCAGCGCGGGCGGCGACCGCGUCCCGGGGCCGAACACGACGUGCGCGGCGUGCGACGAAAACUUUCGCGUCGGCGACGAGAUCCCCGCGUCGUGCGUCGCGUGCGCGCCGGGGACGACGAACGUCGCGGGGGAUCUCGUGGCGAACGGCGCGACCGCGUGCGACGCGAUCGAGUGCGGGGUGAACGAGCGCGUCGUCUCGCACGCGUGCGCGCCGUGUCCCCCGGGCACGGUCAACGCCGCGGGCGGCGACGACGCGUCGGCGAACGAAGACACGGAUUGCGAUCCCGUCGUCUGCGGCGUCGACGAGCGCGUGCGCGCGCACGCGUGCGUCGCGUGCGCGGACGGCACGACGAACGCGGCGGGGGACGACGCGUCCGGGAGCGACACCGCGUGCGACGUCGCGCCGGCGUUCGGCGACGACGCGCACGGCGCGGCGACGCCGUACGCGUCGUUCGUAGGCGCGUUCUGUACACUGGUUCCCAUACGACCGCACGACGGCGGGUUCUCGUUGACGGUCGCGACGGACGACGUCUCGGUCGUUCGCUACGCCGUCGUGGAGGCGGCGGCGUCGGCGUCCGUCGAUCGCGCGGCGGUGCUCGACGGCGCGGUCGCGAACGCGAUCAGAACCGGCGCGGUCAGGCUCGACCCAAACGUCCGGGGUCGACUCGGCGACGCGAGGAUCAAAAUCGCGGGGUUGAACCCGUCGACGGCGUACGACGUCCACGUCGUCGCGUCGUCGCCGUCGACGCUGGCGCACACGGAGCUGAAGACGCUGACGGUGGUCACGCACGCGGGAUACGUCGACGACGAGGCGAUCUUCGGGGAGAUGUGCGGCAGGGAGGAUUCGGACGACGUCACGCGGGACUUGGCGUGGGAAUACGCGGCGUGGAAAAUGAGCGACGCGUAUCUCUCGACGUCCGCGGCGGAGAGAGACGAGAGAGAGGCGUACCAUAAUCGCGCGUACGCGUGGUGUUUGAAGCGCGGUCGCACGAACCGCGAGGCGGUGGAGCUGGGGCGGGACGCGCGCGGGGACCCGAAGGACGUCUUCUACACCGCCGGAGGCUCGGAGCGGAUCGGUCGCGUCGAGGGCAAUCGAAACGUGCUCCGGCGGUUGGGCCUGGACAGACACGCGAUGUGGUGAGCGUCGAGGGGUCGUCGGUGCCUUCAUAGCUACUACGUAGGAUAUCAUAGAAUAAUAGCAUAAACGAUUUAGUUAGCGCGUUUAUUACUGUAGCAUCAUAUCGU